AUGAGCAGAGAAGAAAGCGUCCCCCUCUAUCAGAGUCAUCGCUACGACAGCGAUGAUGGCAAUUCGGAUGACUCCGACUUUGAACUGGAAGAGCUACGCGGUGAUGCUGCGGCCGCACCAUUGACUGGCGUCAAAGUGUCUACUCACUCAGAGGAACAACAAGACCUCGAUGAUGCUAAUUCUCCAUGGACGGUUCCGUGGUGGCAAACACGCCGGACUAUGAUGGCUACACUUCUUGUAGUUGUGAUUCUUAUUAUUCUGAGCGGCUUUGGUUGGCACAAGUACAGGGAAGAGCCCGUAGAUGGCUUAUCACCACCCUGGUAUCCCACACCGCGGGGCGGAACAUCCAAAAAAUGGGAAGAAAGCUAUAGAAAGGCGGCAGAUAUGGUUUCCAAGAUGACCUUAGCCGAAAAAGUUAACAUCACCACCGGCACGGGCUGGAGAAUGGGCUUGUCUGUCGGCAAUACUGGCCCUGCCAUCAAAGUUGGAUUCCCAUCACUUGCCCUGCAAGACGGGCCCCUAGGCCUGCGUUUUGCCGAUAAUGCGACGGCAUUUCCAGCGGGAGUUACUGUUGGUGCCACAUGGAAUAAACAGCUUAUGUAUGAUCGUGGUAGCGCGCACGGAGAAGAAGCGCGCCGCAAAGGUAUCAACGUCCUACUCGGGCCCUCAGUUGGCCCUCUGGGUCGAGCACCUGCUGGAGGUAGAAACUGGGAAGGAUUUGGCGCCGAUCCAUAUCUUCAAGGAGUCGCUGCUGCGCAGACCAUCAAAGGUAUACAGGAUCAGCAUGUUAUGGCUACAAUCAAGCACUACAUUGGCAAUGAACAAGAGCAUUUCCGACAGCCCUGGGCAUGGGGCCUCCCGCAUGCCAUUUCGUCCAAUAUUGACGACAGGACCUUACAUGAACUCUAUGCUUGGCCUUUCAUGGACGCUGUAAAGGCUGGUGUGGCAAGUGUCAUGUGUUCGUAUAACAUGGUCAAUAAUUCCUAUGCCUGCGGCAAUUCUAAGCUUAUGAACGGCAUUCUCAAAGAUGAGUUGGGCUUUCAAGGCUUUGUAAUGUCUGAUUGGCUUGCGCAGCGCUCCGGGGUAGCCAGUGCACUAGCCGGGUUGGAUAUGUCAAUGCCUGGUGAUGGCCUAGGCUGGGAAGACGGAGACUCCCUCUGGGGCCCUCAUCUCUCACGAGCCGUUUUGAACGGAUCAUUACCUCUGAGCAGACUUAAUGACAUGACUGUUCGCAUUGUUGCAUCUUGGUACCAGCUGGGACAAGAUGACCUGAAAAGAUUUGACAGAAAGGGGCCAAACUUUUCCUCGUGGACUUUUGACACAGUUGGAUCUAUCAGCCCGGGCAGCCCGUCUGACCAACAGCAGGUAACGGUAAAUAGGUUUGUCGAUGUCCAAAUGAACCACUCUAUUUUGGCACGCGAUAUUGCGGCAGAAGGGACUGUGCUUCUGAAAAACGACGGCUUCUUGCCAUUGAAUCGCAAGGGUAGAUCCCUAACAAGUGAAGAUCGACGCUCUUCAACAGUUCAUAUUGGCAUCUUUGGAGAAGAUGCCGGGCCUGGGAACGGACCGAAUCAGUGCGAGGAUCGUGGCUGCAACCAAGGAACUCUCGGCUCUGGAUGGGGCAGUGGCGCUGUCGACUUUCCGUACUUAAUUCCGCCGGCCAAAGGGAUUAUUGAUGCUAUUGACGCAAGACACGUUGAAGUCAAGACAUAUCUCACCAAUGAUAUACCGAGAAAGCAUUCAGCAUUAGCUGACCUUGACAUAUGCUUUGUAUUCGCAAAUUCCGACGGUGGUGAAGGAUUCCUGACGUGGAACUCUAUUGCCGGGGACAGAAACGAUCUGUACCUACAACUUUCCGGCGACGAUCUUAUCCUCUAUGUAGCUAAGAAUUGCGGAAACGGAAAGGGCAAAACGGUUGUUGUCAUACAUUCUGUUGGGCCGGUUAUUGUUGAAAAAUGGGUCGACAUGCCCAAUGUCAGCGCUGUCAUCUUUGCCAAUCUUCCUGGACAAGAGAGCGGUAAUGCCAUUGCCAGUAUCAUCUUUGGGGAUGUCAACCCUAGCGGUAAGCUGCCUUACACAGUCGGAAGAUCGCUUGCAGACUAUGGCGAUGGUGGUCAGGUGCUCUACAAGCCCAACAGUGUUGUACCCCAACAAGACUUUGACGAGCGGUUAUACAUUGAUUACCGUCACUUUGACAAGUUCAAUAUCCAACCUCGUUUCGAGUUCGGGUUUGGUCUGUCUUACACUACCUUUAACCUCACUAAUCUUCGCGUUAAGGAGGUGCGUUCAAAAUCCGCACUUCCGGCGCUUCGGCCCGUGCAGGCGAUCAAGCCGCCGACUUUUGAUGACCAGAUUCCCAACGUCAGUGAGGUGUUGUUUCCCAAGUCAAUUAGGAAACUGAAGAAGUACAUCUACCCGUACAUUGCUUCGGCGUCUGACAUUCAGCAUGGGCCGUAUUCUUACCCCGCAGGCUAUGACAUCGAACAGCCGCUAUCCCAGGCUGGUGGAGAGCAGGGAGGCAACCCGGCACUUUGGGAGACAUACGCCACUGUUACUGUGGAUGUAGGGAAUUCUGGAAAGAUGGGCGGAAAGGCAGUUAUCCAGCUAUACGUGUCAUUUCCAGAAACGCCAAACGUAGAUUUCCCGGUACGAGCCCUGCGCGGCUUCGAUAAGGUUUAUCUUGCCGAAGGGGAAACAGCGACGUUGACAUUUCACCUGACAAGACGAGAUCUCAGCUAUUGGAGUACAACCCAGCAGAAUUGGGUUAUGCCAGAAGGAUCAUUUACGAUUACAGUCGGCCAAAGUUCCCGAGAUUUGCAACUGAGCGCCACGUGGUAA